AUGUUUCCAUCCAUAUCAUCCAGUGGCUCAUUGCGUUAUCGUCGCAAGGCUCCAGUGUCCACGAACAAAGAACAGCGGCAAUCAACGGACACUAAACAAGAAAAGUCGAAGCAACUCAAGCAGGAGGUGCUCCGAGGCGAGAGACCGUUAGUAGAUUAUCGCUAUCAGCCCAAGUCUCGGUAUUCCAAGCAACAGCAACAGCCAGUGUUGCUUAAACAGAUGUUGUGGAAGGCAAAGGCUGUGCAGCCGACGCCGUUACCGUUAACGAGACAAUCGAGCAAAUGCAAUGAGGAUAAGGAGGUGGCUUUUGUGAAAGGAGUCGAGACACUGGCUAGGAUCAAGAAGAAGACAGUUGGUGUACUUGAGGAGCCAUUGUCAUCUGAGUCAUUUGUAGCUGAUUUAUCCAGUCAAGAGACACAGAGUGGAUCGGAGGAUGAUGUUGUUUUCCUGCGGUAUAGUGACCUACGACAGCGGGAAGAUGCGGAGGAGAUAGACAGGGAGAACUGGCCUGGGAUGCCAUCGGAGGAGGACGUGGUAACAAAACAGGGUGGACUAGAAAAAGCAGCAGCAACACGUCGAAAACAGAGACAAAAGUACAGAUUGAAACAGAAACAGAAGCGUGCAGCAGUUAAAAAGCACAAACGACUUCAAGAUCAAGAGAAACAGGAAAACGAACGGCUUCAUACUACAAAGGAAGACACUGGAUCUAUUACGCAGGAUGGUGAGAAUGCAACGGAAGGCAAUUUAUAUUCAUUUACGAAUCGAAGGAGUGAGAUGAACGCAGGUUUUUCACAAUUGAAGGAAGAAGUGCAAGUUAUCGUAGUAGGCGACGUAGCGUGCCCUGUAGUGGCUGACUCUGGUAACCAAGUUGGUGGGACUGCUGCUAGUACAUCCGACCAGAGCAUGGCUAGUAUUACAGGUUUCGAAGUGGCAAUAGUGGAUUUUCGUCAGCAUGUGAGCACUAUGCUGGACCGAUCCAAGGAGAUACAGGUACAGUAUCGCGACAGCUUUGUUGUGGAGAAUUCUGAUUUUGAUGCGGCUUCAAGCUACGAUUUCUUUAAGCGCCGUUUUUGUGAGAUUCAGAGGACCACUGGCAUUGUGUAUUACUAA